GGGGGCCUGAGGCAGAGGUGGGUGGGGUCUCGUGGGCAGGAAGCGGAAGCGUAAGCGCCAAGUAACCCCCAGCUGCAGCCGAGCGCGGGAGCUCAGUUCUCACUUGGUCCAGUUGGAGCCGGAGGUGGGCACCCAGUGCUGAGGAGCCUGCGGACCCAUGGACCUGCCCUGCGCCCUCGGGCUCGGGACGCUGCUGGCCCUGCCAGGGGUCCUGGGCUCCGGUGGCAGUGCCAAGGACACCGCGGGCUCCAGCUCUGUCACUGUGGUCCUGCUGCUGCUGCUGCUGCUGCUGCUGCUGGUCACCGGCCUGGCCCUGGCCUGGCGCCGCCUCAGCCGGGACUCCGGCGGCUACUACCACCCGGCCCGCCUGGGCGCCGCGCUGUGGGGCCACGCCCGCCGCCUGCUCUGGGCCAGCCCCCCUGGCCGCUGGCUCCGGGCCCGGGCGGAGCUCCAGGCCCCAGACGAGGACCCGGAGCAGCAGGAGGACGAGCAGGACGAGGAAGACUACAGCCUCGGUGGCAGCUCCGGGGAGGCCCAGCCCCGGGAGGAGCAGCAGCGUGGAGAGGAGCGCGGCCCACAGCCCGGGGGGCCCGCACAGGAAGCCCACGGCGGCGGCCCCGACGGGGGCCUGGGCCUCGGCCCCCAGGAGCUGCGCGGCUCCGGCGGCAGCGCCGAGGCGCUGCUGAGCGACCUGCACGCCUUCGCGGGCAGCGCCGCCUGGGACGACAGUGCCGGGGCGGCGGGGGGCAGGGGCCUCCAUGUCACCGCGCUGUAGGGCCAGCCCGGGGCACAUCCCGGGCCGCGCCUGCUUCCCCAUUGCCCUGAC